UCUCCCCGUGGCUCCUCCCCCCUCCCGCUCCUUCCCAGGCGACCACCAGCAACACCCUCCUCCUCCCCCACGUCUCAACCCCACUUCAAGUCCCUCUCCUCCACCCUGACUCCCUCGACUAUGAAGAAAGACACUUCCUUAAAUAUCAUGAGACCUCCUCCUCCUCCUCCUCCUCCUCCUCCUCCUCCUCCUUCUUCUUCUUCUCCUUCGUCGUCUUUCCUCUUCUCCUCUUCUUCCUCCCCCCACCCAUCUAGGGCUCUCUCUACACCAAGAGAGAGAGGGACCUUUUUAGAACCCCCACCAGCAUCUUCUUCCUCCUCCUUCCUGAACCCUGAGGAGGAGGAGGCGUCCCUAAUAAGAAAUGUCUCCUCAUCGUCGUCAACAUCGUCAGGAUCGUCUUCGUCUCCGCCACUAAAGUCAUCCUCCCCGUCAUCAACGUCUCCUUCACCCUCGUCGUCAAGAGGCCUAUGUUGGAGGGUAGAUGGGGAGUCAGAGGGGGAGGAGGAGGUCGACUCUUCCCUCACCCUCGCCCCGGACCACCUAGGGAACCUCUGGGUACUGACUUCCUCCAGGGACAGGUUGGAGGUGAGGCCAGGACAGGUGUGGGUUGUCAACUUCACGUCCUUCACCUGGCAUGACGUGGGGGCGCGCCCUCCUCCUCCACACGCCCACGGAGGUCACAUUUGGGGCACCAGAGGCGUCACGAUGGCCGCCCCGGAUCCUUCGACGCCUUCUGGUGGAGGUGGUGGUGUGAACAGUGCUAAAGAUGUUUAUGGUGGUGGCGAUAGUAAUACUAAUAGCAGUAAUAGUAAUAGCAGUAGUAACAGUAGUAGUAGUAGUGAGCCGGUGGUGGUGUGCCCAUGGUCUCAAGGUCUGGUGGCCGUGUACACCCUCAACACCUCCUCCACCACCACCUGGUUCCUGCCUUACGACGCCCUCACCUGGCAGAGGUUCCUGCACCACCAGGAGCUACACUUCCCCUCAGGAGUUUCAGCUGUGAUCGCCAGUUGGUGUGGGAGGCUCCGUGACGCUCUCUGGCUCCUCACCUCCUCCGUCACGCCCACCACCACACCUUCAGCCCUGAUGAAUGGACGUGGCACCACGGUAACACUGGAGGACACACGUGGUAACACCGCAACACCGGAGGACAUACAUGGCAACACCGCAACACUAGAAGACACACAUGGUGCCGACGCAACACGGGAGGGCACACAUGGCACCGAUGCAACACGGGAGGGUACACAUGGCACCGAUGCAACACGGGAGGGCACACAUGGCACCGAUGCAACACGGGAGGGUACACAUGGCACCGAUGCAACACGGGAGGGCACACAUGGCACCGACGCAACACGGGAGGGCACACAUGGCACCGACGCAACACGGGAGGGCACACAUGGCACCGACGCAACACGGGAGGGCACACAUGGCACCAUUGCGAGACAGACGUUGUGGAAGCUUGACCACAAUGGCAAGUGGUCGGCUUUGGAUGUAGUGCCUGGCAAAGAGGAUAUCCAGUACCGCCAUCGAAGCAUCCUACGUAGAUGGAGUGAUAAUCGGGGCGACCUCUUCUUCCUGCAGGAACUGGUGCCCCCCAGAGACUCAGGGACCUCGAGGACGUCGUUUACCGAGCAGGAGGAAGGGGGCCCAAGGUCAGGUCUGAGGGUGGUCAAGUUCGACACAGUAUCAGGGAGGCGAACCGUGUUGCCUUUUCAUCAUCACCCAGCCAGAGGUGUGUGGGUGCCGGGACCAUCAGGAGAACUCUACUCCAUCUUCACAGACUCGCGGGGCUCCUGGGUGAACACCUUCAACUACUACACGGGAUCUGUCGUCAGCAGAGACAGUUCGCCUCAUCUCCCCAUCCACAUUGACGACAACAACCUCUUGGUUAUGAUCGACGGCACCGUAUAUAACACCAUACCUGCCUGUAGCAGCCAGGUGCUCCACGACGCACACACGGAAGACUCUGUCGUGGCAGGGAUAAAUUUAUACCAUUUAAUCCUCUCAGGGCAGUGUUCUCAGAGCAACACACUCACAGCUACACUACAAGACUCUAUCGCUGCUCGGGCCUCUACCUCACGCCAUGGCUCCCUCACUCAUGACCUCCCCAACAUACAAGCUAUUGUUGGUGGUAACAGAGGUGGUGGAGGAGGGAAUGUGUCGAGCAGCCCACUGCCUGUGGGACAGUCGCCGGGACUGUCACACCAGGCUGACCAAGGUGGCACAAUCUUCGUCACGGAUGGCAAACAGGGCGUGAGCAGCAGCGAGCAGCCGACAGUUCCUCACCACAGAGACAAGAAUCACACCAACAAUUCCAUCAUCUUCUUCUCCCUGUCCCUCUCCAUCUUCGCUCUGGUGGGCAUCAUUAUCUUCGUCAGGAGGUGUGUGAGGUGUCCUCUCACCCACGAACUCGUUGACGGGCGUGAGGAGCGGGGCAAGCCACCUUCACCCCUACCAGUGUUAUACAGCAUCGUGUCGGACGACCCCGCCUACGAGACGUCCACCAACAACUCACCAUGUCCGUCUUACAACGCUCUGUACGACGCCACGGUCACCACCACCGCCGCUGACACCACCCCCAGCGCCACCACCCCUAACGGCGGCACUCCGAACUACAUGACCCCAAGCUCCACCACCCCGACGGGACUGUCUCCUAGUACCGCCGCACGCCACACCAUCACUCCCGCCACCUUCCCCCGGGACCCCAUCAGCUACGCCAUUACCAACACCGCCUCCGAUGCCAUCACUAUCGCCACUAACAACGCCUUUACCAACUGCAGACGAGGUUGUUUGGGUGAAAUCAACAACUUCAUAGUAGUUAACUUACUGAUUACUGUAAGGCGGCGAUACACUGGACACUUUUCCUCCCAACACUCCCUGGCCACCAAAACUAAGGGACGUUUGCGUCACUGGGAUGUUUUCUUAGCACGUCUGCCCAACACAAGCGUCUAGACGAGGUUCGAGUUACUACAGUCGAGGCCUUGCGGGAUUGUGAGGUUUAUUUACAAGUGGCGGCGGCUGACUGGUCAAAGAACAUCCUGAAUAAUAAUUUAAUAAUACUAAAGAAGUUUUAAAGUGACGAAUAAAUAGAAACAACUCACCGUUUUAUGCUUUAUAUUUUAAAUUAUCAGUUUCAUGAUUUAUUUCAAUUUUUACUUGAAUAUUCAACACAAAUAUAAAGCUCAUUUGAGCGCUAACCCGGCCAGCAAAGCUCGCCGCCAAACCGAUGUCCAAUUCUCACAACAGGCGAAAUCUUGCAGCUUCCUGGGCCGCCAGGCCAGCAAAAGGGGCAACAUGUUGGGAGGAAAGUGCCCAGUGUGCCGCCGCCUUCAAACUACUCUGGGCGUCUUCCACCUUCUGCGACUCUAAGAAAUUGGAAGCGAAGGAGCCGCUGCUGGAGGCCAAGGAAGAUUCUUACGUAUAUAAGCGCGUUUAUAUCGAGUUUUAUGAUUAAUAAAUGAUUUGGGAUACAUACAGCCGCACAAACUGUAGUUCAUUACCGACUGUGCUAUAUUUCUUGUAUCCUUUGCUUCUGUUUGCUUUAUGUUUGGUACAAAACAAAAAUAUGAAAAGAUUUCAUUGGAAAGCGAAUUUCAUCUUUGACUUCAACCUUGAAAUCAUUUGCAUUUUGAUAGUCCAGUUAUUUAACAUUAUCUUGGAGAAUAACGUGUCUGCUUACCAAUUGUGAACAUAUUUAGUUUCAAUAAAUGAGUAGCUACAAACAUUUUCUAUGAACCAAUGGGCUAUUUGUAACUAUAGACGAGGGGCGUGGCGUGGAAAUACUGUAAGUAUAAUGGACCACUGCUUGAUAACUUUCCUCCUGAUCAGUGGGAAUUCUUUUUAACUUCUGGUUUAUAUUUUACUUUAUUUUAAGCUGGACGAAAGUGAGCAUAUCCCGCCUUGACACAUCUUAAUACUAUACUGUACGUGACGCCACAGCGAGCGGGAACGUUGCUCCACCACAUACAUACUGUACCCGUACAUUCAGGACACUAUAACUUGAUAUCUUGUUCUACCCUGUGCUUGUCCAGUCGUUUUCCGUGUAUUAAUCUAUUUAUCUUAUUUGGUACAUUACCUCAUGUACAAUUCAGUAUUUUUUAUAUUUAAUGUAUCUUUACCAUAUCAACACCACAUGUACUUAAUAUAAUAUAUAUUAUGGUGACAACGAACAUCAUGAGUAAUUUGUCUUAUCUGAUAACCGUGUCACGUCAACACUGCGGUGCAUCAAGAAAAAAGAAUUUGUCAGGGUGGCUGGUGUCUUAACAUGAAUCAAUGUACUACCUACCUGUACUAAACACAUAUGUUACACAAACAACAGUAGUUCUUAAGCUUGAAGACCAUUAUACAAGUCUAUUUACUGUCUUAUAUUAUUUACAUUAGGUUUUGUUAUGUAAUAAACUUGUAAGUGGUAAGUAACAGAGUGAGGUCGAAGACAAACUGUGCCGCCACACAACUUACUACAGAAUGUAUACCACUUGUGUUAGUAAAUACCAUGUAUUGCUCUGUGUAUGUAUGGUGUAUGCAGUAUUAACCUACAACACGACGCGUGUUCUACCCUGUAAUGUAUAAUAUACAACAUAUUACUAUAGAUUUAAGGUCUGGUGUUGUGUAACGAGUGGAGGUGUACGGUGAUGACCAUAUCUAAAAUAUUGUCCGCCAGUAUGAGCUCGUCUACCCUUAACUCAUCAUAGGCAACAUCAUCUAUUUACCGGGUAUGAGAUACGAGCAACAUCAAAGGAAAAUGAUGGAUAACAGUUGACAUGUACAAGAUACUUCCCCAUCGUGUUACAAACAUACGAGUUUUCCCAUUAUAUCUUCUAUGUAAUGACAUUCUUACUUACCUUCUUUAUCAUUCCAUGGAGGGCUGUUCAUUAGAUAUAUGUUCUGUCAUUAUAAAAGGCCACAAAACCAGAUAACACCCACUAGCGACUGGAACUGUCGGCUGACUACUUGACAGGUUCAGCUGAUUCCCGCCCGAAAUGCACACCAAGCUCAUUUUCUUUAUUUCCCUCCUUAAAUUACAUUAACUAAGGUUGAUAAAAUAGUGUAUUUAUUAUUAACGAAUAACCAAGAAUUAUUACAAAAUAUAGGUGCUAUUGCCCGUCUGUUAACUAUAUUUUAGAGGAACUGAUGUCAGACGCUUAAAAGUUUUGACUGAUCACAUACCGUGACGAGACACUAAACAUAUACCUGGCAACUAUUGUAUUUAGAGUUUGGUUGACGCAUCACAAUACGAAGAUGUCUUUAAAUUGUAAUUCAUGGACUGAUAAAGCAAGUAGUAAUAGAUGAAUUAUUUAUAGUGGGAGGGGGUAGGGAGAGGGAUUCAUAACAAAAACUGAAUAUACUACCGCUGUCAAUUUGUUAUUUCUAACUAUUUUUUGCCUGUCUUUCUAUAAUGAUGGUUCCUAUACAUUUCGUAAGUAUACCUCACCAUCCAUCACUAACACGAUACUGUUUUGGAAUGUGUGUGUGAGGGGGGGGGGGGUGUUAAAAAUUAGUGUCAAGUCAAGUCAACUUCGAACAACUGAACGAAUACCAACACCAAUAAAAAAAAUUUGGUGAAUUUCUGGAGAUGUAUUAAUUUCAACAGUCGAAAGAGGUCAUAAAAAUUAUAUAUACACGUGGCCAUACUCACUAGAAGCGUCUAUUUAUUCUUGGCGCGCGCGCGCGCGCACACACACACACACACACACACACACCAAAAACAAUAACUUGCCACCUAUGAGCCCAGUAAAUAAUCCUUUACAUCUUAUGGCAAUUUGUGUAAGCAAUGAGCGACCUUGGUACACUAUUGCACUAAUGGAACAUCUAAAUUCUUCAUAACUAACUAAAAGUUAACUAAACUCGACCAUCACUGGCGAUACACGAUCACCACUGUACACUGGAAGACGUAACACUAACCUUGGGAGACAUUCUCAAAGAUUUGUACGUUAUUUUCCCUCUUCGCUGCAGGUGUAAGAACACUUCUAUCUGGCUGACUAAAGCGCAAAAUAACAUCCAACAAAGCAUUAAAUUUUACAGUGACUAUCUUAACGAGAUACAUUCUCUUAACGUCAGUUAGGGGACAAUUUUACGUCAAGAAUCUUUGUGAAUUUGUACAUAAAGUAAGAUAUUUAUACGUAUUAUCACCAUGACUGAAAAUCGAACUGACGUACUUGGAAUGUAGGGAAAUAUUUACAUAAGUAUAUAGUCCACACGCCACUGACUCCCGUGCUUGUGUACGAGGCAACGGGAUCUGUCAAGACUUAAAUGUACCAUUGUACAAGGAACGCGAUAACUAACGCGUCUGUACGUAUUUUAUUCCAUAUUUCUUAAGGCGGCGGCUCGAAGCUUAACUUGCCUAAUGAUCCUGGGUUAGUUUUGGACAGGUUAAAAUUGAUUGGACGGUUUGUGUUGCCUGCCAUUAAAUGGAUUUCAUGCUUCUGUUCGUGAUAUUUUUAACAGAACAUUUUGCUAAUGAGAGACUGUCAACUUCCAGGGAGACCUGCAUUAACUUGUGGACGUUCUCCUGUGUUUCCUUAAACGUGCGUUCAUAACGUUAUGGGAAUAUGUGUCAAUUUACAUACAUAAUUUUACCUUUAACCUAUAAUAUUUAUAAAUAGUUUAACCAGCAAUAAUGCGCACGAAACGGAAAUGGUAGUACCCCGUGACUAAUAUACCGAGUAAUUUUAUUAAUUUCUUCCCGAAAUGUUAUAUUUUCUGUUUAUGUACAAGAAGAGAAACUCCAAUAAGAUGUUCUUCAUUACUAUAGUUAGUUCCAGAUCACAAUAUUAUCAAGCUGGGGUAAAAUAAGUUAAAUGAGACUGGAUUACCAUUACCGAAAGCCAUGUAGGUAUAUUGAAGUCUUUCAAAGCCCUUGCUAUGAAAAUGUGAAUUCCUAAGCUAGUUUAUAUAAGGCAGUAGUUGGUUUUUGUGUAAUACGUGAUUACUGGGAAUGUCACUUCAUUUUCUUAUUUCUCCCUUCUAAAUAUAUUGUCUAACUCAAUCCAACCCAGGAUAUUUAAUCAGUAUUUCAUUGUACUAUCUUGCUUAAAAAAAUCACUCUGCCAGUCCAGUAAUACAUCUUCCCAACACUUGGCAGAUAAGAACUACGUAAAACAACUUUCAUUCCGUCCAAGUGCGCUACCCUGUGUUAUAAACCAGAGAACCUACACCACAAACUGUACUGUAGACAAGUCAUUUUUAUUUAUUAGUUAUAUUAUGCGAUUAUACAGGACCCUGCGAACCCUGAUGAAACGCUGUUCACUUUUGGCGUUCUUUGCAACCAUCAACAUUUAAAUAGUCGAUUGGUUACUGUGAAUUACCAUGUUGCUGCAUCUAACAACCGACAACUAAUGUCUACAAAAUGUGAAUUGCUAAGGACGCCCAAAGUAGAGCUACUUAGUUUAUGGAUGAGCCAUUAUUGUGUAAUGUAAAGGGUGGUCGUGUGGCACGCCUCUACCAUACAUGUAGAAUAAUAAUAUCUAUUGGAGAUUUAUUACAAUCCCGGAAGGAACUUUUUUUUAGACCCGUUUGUUGUGGUGUAACUGCAGUAUGACGAAUACAGAUUAUAGACGUCUAUCUAUAAGUGCCAUAAAGCCCGUAAAAAGGUUAUAGAAACACUGCUUAAACGUUAGCCUCUGACACAAUGUAAAGGGGGAAGGGGUUGUAAGAGGUUUAGUCAUCAUUAAACUCUCGAAUAGCAUGUAACAUUUCCCUGUAGGCGAUACAGAACCUUUGAGUGAGAAGUAUGUCUCCCUGAAAUUGGCACAGAACAUUUGCUUAAAAUAUAGACACUGCAAAGUGCUCCUCUCAACCAUGAACCUGUAACUACGAUAGUCUUGAUAAAUUCACUACUUGCCUCUGGAGGGACUGAGGUAGUACACCUACAAGGUAACAAUAAUAUGCUGAAAUGUUUAAGGGAUACAACUAUUUCCCUCAACAAACUUCUUUUUUCCACAUUUCAAAUAUAAGUGGAGUGAAUAAUGUUAAUUUUCUGCACCUUGGAAUUGGUAACGUGCGGGUACUAAUACUUAAAAUGUGACUGGUGGCAAUGACACAUACGAGGCCGUAUCCUUACGACAGCUCUGAUAUUAUGUUGGAAAUUUCAGGGAUUUUGUGUACGACUUUUGAACCCGAGAUAAAUACUGUAUAUUGGUUUUGUAUCUAAAAAUUCAUCUACUAAGGUUAUUAAACACUAUAUACAAGGUCUUAAUUUCUACAGUAGACAAAAAACAACUUUUAAAACUUAAGUUACUGUACUCCUUUUUCUCACUGCAACCUGGGACCUUACCUUCACUCAAUGUUUCUGUAGGACAGUACACACACACAUUACAAAUUUUCCAGAGUGAAAUAAGACUAUUUUUACAAUAGCUGUACUAGGUGUUGUGAUUAUAAAAUAUAAUUUUAUAGACUACACAUAUCUGCACAUCUUGAUCAUUUCUACAGCAGUCAUAUGAUUUAAAUAUCCAUAUAAAAAUAAUCGAGAUUAAAAUCACUGGCUUAAGAGGACUGUUUUUAGGUGUGGUGGGGAGAACAAAGGCAAGGGCUGCGGUUCUAAAGUUUGUGCUGUACGAUAAGUUCCCAUAAGUGCAGGAGUAAGAACCUAUCUAGCUGGCUCACUUAAGCCACAACACUAGAUGGAUUAUCAUAAGCUCGUUCAUUUUUUUUCCUUAACUAGAUCUUUGAGAAUAUGGGCCAAGAUUCUUACAGAUAUAUACUUCCCGGACUUAAGCUUAAAAAUGUUUGUUUCUAAUGAUAUAUCAGAUUUAUCUCGCCUCCCUAAACCCUACAUUCCACUCACCACACACUAUUACGGCAACAUUGUCUUAUCCUUAAUCAGUGUCAUCACCUAAUGUUGGUCAGUGUCACUCACAAGGUAAAGAAAAGAGAUGCUAAUGAUAAAUAGUUAACAAGGUUACUAGUGAUACUGGUAAUAAAUGUUUAACAAGAGGGACAGUUCAGGAAAUGUGUUCCUACACCUCCUGUGGUAGCCCGGGUCUCCAAACGGCCAACCUAUCCACCAAUCACGUCCGUCGUUACACAACCACUACCCAUUCAUACAUAGUGAUACUACUACCGCGACGGUGCCGUUUGGGGACACGAGUUACCACA